AUGUGUGCUGAGGCAGUCGCGCGAAGGAAAUCUGAAGUGCAUCCCUGUACAGUAGAAAUGGAGGGUUUAGCGGAUGUCACUUGCAUCAUUAGAUCGGAAGAAGUAUCUGAGAAGAAGUGGGAAGAGGACGAAAUGGGACGUUGUGCCAGUGGAAGUGGACAGAGCAACGCAACAAGCACCAGUGCUGGAGGAGACGGUCAUGGGUGCAGAGAAGACGGGCCAAUCGACGGUGGAGUUGACGUGGGAUGCAGGGAACUGAAACGGCGACCCAGGCUCAAAAGAAUGAAACUACAGUUCUACAAAACCAAAAUGUGCCCAUGGAUGGCUCAGGGUAGAUGCCUUCGGGGGCUGACUUGCCAGUAUGCUCAUUCGGAAUGUGAGUUGAGUCCCCUGCCGAAUCUGGUGAAGACCCGCAUGUGCGAACUGUUAACGCUUACCGGAAGCUGCCCACGGCUUGCAAGCGAGUGCAAGUUUGCACACACCGCCGACGAACUUCGAUCAACUGAGAUUUUCGCCCGGAGCAAGAUGUGUCCCUUGUUCCUUUCUGGGCGGUGUACAGCGAACGAGAAUUGCCGGUAUGCUCAUAGCGCUCAGGAGUUACGGAAAGCGUCUGUCGCAUCGGCGCUGUUCUUGCAGAAGCACCCCUGCCGGCAUCUUCAGGCAAAUAAGAGCGUUGCUGGAACGGGAACGGGAAAUCGCGGUUGCGUUACCAGCACGAAUGACACGAUCCUGGCGAAGAAGAAAGAAGAAAAUACCACCAAUGAGUCGCGGACCGACGUGUCUCCGAGCAGCUCUACGACAGCGAGAGAUUUUAUGUCGAUAGACGCACAUCCGAAGUUCACACUUCGAUAUUCCUCUUCUAAAUCAGAUAUGACACCACCAGUACGCUCUUUUUCGCGUCGUCCCUACAGCGGUAUUCCGAUCCAGCGGCGUCUCAUGCCUUCGGUGUUUCUGUGCUCUGCUUCGGGAGGGGAUGCCUUGCGAAGACUGUCUUCUUGCUCAGAGGCAGGCGGCGGUUCCUUGUCGCUUCCUUCCAGUCCCAAAGACUGUGCCGCUCCGGGUACGCCUACUUCGUUACCCGGAGGUGGGCGACAAAUGCAAGCCAUCGCUCGUUUCUAUCCCGUUCCACAACCUCCACCGCCAGACGAUUCGGCGGUUGCGGUGUUGCCAACGGCGAAUCGCAUCAUCCCUUCCCUAAAGGAGGCAAAGGCUUGUAAGCAGAAGCCCCAGCUGCACUCGGGAGUGCCCAAGCAAGAAGACGGAGCCCGUCCGCACAUUGGGGACCGUCUGCAAAAGUAUCCUGAUCGAAAGGGGCGUAAAGGGUCAGGCUGGUCACUGUCAGGGAGAGGGACGUCUUGCAGCAGUUCUCGAACAAGUUUGUCUUCGUUGGGUUUCGCCAAAGACAGUUUCAGGGGCCAGACGGAUGUAUUUGCGUCGCAUACUGAAGGGCAAGGAUAUCAGCGGCGCACACGGGACAAGCAAGAAGGACCUUCAAAGAUUUCGGAAACGGGUACACCGGCACCGCGCAAGGCAUCGUUCAGUGAAACUGGUGUGGAAACAGCAGGGUCGCAGAUGCAGUCGGAGUUAACAUUGGACGCAGUGCAAACAGCGAAAAACGAAACUGCAUGUUCACAGGCAGGGAGCGACGAUAGACUAGGUAAACAGGUGACUUCACCCGCUUCGAGCGGGGCACCAAGAUUCCCAUCAGAAGGACAAACCACUGAAACUGUAGACCCAUUGGCGUCUACGUCACCAGCUACCGGGACCCAGAAUGAAGAACCGAAUCGGAGUGAAGGUGGGCCGCUUCCAGGGUGCACACCCUCUACCCAGGAGCAGGCUUCAAAUACAGGCUGGCGUGAACAGCAAUCAGUGCAACAGCCGGCCGCUCCUGAUCGGAUGCCGUUACAACGGCAGUGGCGUUCUUUCAGUGCUCGCAGCCGGAACAGAGGGGGAAGUUCCCGUACAUCUCCACUACCGUGGCUGGCGCAAGACAGGUCUCGACAGCCCAAUGGAUUGGCCGUCCAUAGCAAUGGACGUUCUGCUCCUGUUGUUGCGAUUAGACGGUCAACGCAGGUGGAAGUCGCCGAUCUAAGCAGACCCGCAUCCGGCUUUUCCCACGGGGGCACGAGGAAACCGAGCAGAGCUCGUCUCGCAGGAGGCAAUGCAGUCAACUUACGGCAGCUUCAGCGACCCGUGCCAACCGCUUUCGUACGUCCUGUGUUCGCUAGCGUUGCAGAACAAACACGGCCGGUGCCCGCUUGGAAUUUCGUGCAGACAGGCGGGUAUCCAGGGUCGUCUACUCCUGACACGUGGCCGUUUUCCUACGAGGGCAUUCCAGGCACGCCGAUAUAUCCGUGCGAACAGAGCCUGUCGUCUUUCCCGUAUGUGCCCGACAGCCGGCUGGCUUCUCCAGACUCGUGCAUGUCUAGGACAAGUUUCAGCACACAAAGCAGCGGAAGCACCGUUGCCACCCCGCAUGGGAUGUCAUCUGCGCCAUACCCCGCAGCGGCUGCCGGCUCACUUUUGAUGACAUGUCAAAGCCGCGCGGGCAACGGAGAGGCGGAACAGGGACUCCCACAGCCAUCUGUUCAGACUGAGUCCACCAUACGUCCUGCAGGGCGCGUAAUACUGUAUGGCUCAGCUGACCAGGCUGCGUGUUACUCGGGAGGCUGUGGCGUAGGAGCGGCGUUUCCCGGGGGGAUGGACAGGCAGCGACAGGUGCUGUAUUUGCCUCAUUCGACUCUCGGGCAGUCAAUGCAGUCUUUGCCUCUUGAUGUGAUUCUGCCCAAACUAUCGGCGGAGGUUCUGAAGGCCUCAGAACCCGACCGGUACGAGGAUUAG